UUAUUAUUAUCGCGUCGCUCGUUGCGCGCUGGUUUAUUUUUUGAAAAGUGCGUUCCUAGCGCGAGUGGUCAGCGUCCCAAACGUCGUAGAUUCCAUCGCCUGAGCCAUCAAGAACUAAAUAUUUCCUUACAUAACUGCGGAAUACUUCGACUCUGCAGUAAGCCACGCGACGGAAGGCAAUCAACAAAGACACGCAAGUGCUUGCACACUGGGCUAUUAUGCAAAUUGCGCCACUGCAGCUGGUCUAAGAUUGCAAGGAAGGGCGACAGAGCAACACACACACACACAAAGUGCCUGGGCAGAACGAGCGGAACCGCCUCCCCAAUCAGCUGUGAUCUCUGCGGUCGGGCCUCCAUCGAGUGGGCGGAGAAUGGGCGGGAUGGGGGGCGGCGGGCUGCUGGACAUCUACGCCAUGGCCUGGGAGCACCUAAGACCCGGAAGCUCGCCCGUCGACUGGUGCGAAGGCAACUACUUGAUUUCGUCCAACAUCGCCGAGUUCGUGAACACGUUUAGCAACUUCCUGUUCAUCCUACUGCCGCCCGUCCUUAUAAUGCUCUUCAAGGAGUACGGACGCUUUGUGACGCCCGGAAUCCACGUCAUCUGGGUGCUGCUCAUCGUGGUUGGCCUGAGUUCGAUGUACUUCCAUGCCACUUUGAGUCUGAUUGGCCAGCUGCUGGACGAACUGGCCAUACUCUGGGUCUUCAUGGCGGCCUUUUCGCUCUUCUAUCCGAAGCGAUACUAUCCCAAGUUCGUGAAAAACGAUCGCAAAACCUUCAGUUGGCUCAUGCUCUUGUCGGCGAUUGCUGCGACGGGCUUGUCGUGGUGGAAGCCCAUUGUUAACGCCUUUGUUCUCAUGUUCAUGAGUGUGCCGACCAUGGUAAUGCUCUACACAGAGCUGCAGAGAGUUAGUGACCAGAGGGUCUACCGCCUGGGCAUCCGAUCGACGACCGUCUGGGCUGUUGCGGUGUUCUGCUGGAUCAAUGACCGGAUCUUCUGCGAGGCCUGGUCCUCGAUCAAUUUUCCAUACCUGCACGGCUUCUGGCACAUAUUCAUUUUUAUAGCCGCCUACACGGUGCUGGUGCUUUUCGCCUACUUCUACGUGGAAUCGGAGCUGCCCCAGCGACAGCCGCUGCUGAAGUACUGGCCAAAGAACGAGUUCGAGUUCGGGAUACCCUUCAUUUCGAUCCGGAAUCCAGGUAAGGCUCUGCGCAACACCAUCUAAGGACGAUUGCGCCGGAAUGGAGAGCUGGCAGAGAAGUGACCAAAGACCAAGCGAUAAUAUCGUACAUGCUUUAAAACCAUACACAAUUAUUGUAAAAUUGCGGCAACGUAAUUGUAGCGCACACUUUUUAUAUAGUUGAAACAGUUUAUUAGCCAUAGAUGUAUUUAUAUUAAGCAAACGAAUCGGAUUCGCGGUUGUACCCAAAAGAGAUAAGUCUGUUAACGCCUUAAGAUUCGGUGCACCUGAACACUUGGGCCUAAAACAAUAAUAGUAGCGCCCUGCUUAGUCCAUAAAUGAAUGGGCGAUUGCUCCGUGGAACUAUUGUAGAAAGACAUAUCUAAAUGAUGUUUAUUGUUCCGUCUAUCCCCUAAAAUGAGUUUAAUCAAAGUCUUCUAACCCGUUCUAUGAGUAUGAGUUACCAUCAGACUGUGAUAUGUUAUGAACUAAUUCAUCCCAUGACUUCCAGAACAAAUGGUUCCUACGCUUUCCCAAAGAGACAAAAAAUCGUAUUAGGUUGUCAGUACCUGAAUUUGUUAAUUGUCUAAUUUACGCAAACUAACCAACUAACACCUACACUUAUUCUGGAUUGGAAAUCUACUAGCAUGUAGCAGUAACCACAACUAAAACACUAAACAAAGUAGAGAUCGUUGCUCAAAGUAUUAUGCAAUCCAAAUCAUUCAACCCGCUACCUUGCUGAUUCCACAGAUUCGAAAGAUUGGCUCGUCUACUGCAGUCUGUACAUGCAGGACUAUGACUAUGACUACAAGCACCGAAAGAACUAAGGCAAGAAAUCGGGUGGAGAGCCUUCUCCAAACAGAGACAUACACAGCGUGAUAUAAGUUAGAGUUGCAGAAGGUGGAACAACUAAAUUAUUUAUUAACUACAAAGCUCGCCUGCUCAUCGCGGAAACCAAAUUAUGUAUAGAUGCCAUAUGGAGCGAUAGUUUAGGAAGUAUGUAUGAUUUACUUAGGCUAAACGAAUGUCGACAAAUAUACUGUGUUAGGAAUGCAAGCUCUCUUGUUUAAUCGCAAUAAAGAAUAGUAUUUC